AGCGAUAAGCAAAUUAUAAUUAAAAACUUUCCACUUUUUAUAAUUCUUGCAAAUAUAUAUUCAUAUCUCACGCAAAAUCCCUUUUCGCGAGAAAUAAAAAAUUUCUGGACGCGCGAGGAAAAUCAAUAAUAAUUCUAUAAUAAUCCUGAGAAAGCAGAUAUAGGAUGCAGAAACGUAGAAAAUGUUAUUUCCGCAGAUACGAUUCAAUAUCUUUUGAGUAACUUCAUUCCCACGGUGCACGAGAAGAUUAAAGAGAACUCAGUUACGCAAACUUGAAUUUCUCACUAUCCUUCUCGUUCCCCGUCAUCGAUCUCCAUGCUUUUUUUUUACAGAUGUACCGAUCGACGGAAUCGAUGGACGAUGAUCUUGAAUUGCCAUGGGACGAAACGUAUUGAAGCUCUUGCUGCUCCUCUGCUGCAUGCUGCGACCGCAUGUCGGACAAUUAAUUCAAGACAAGCGAUGCUUCCUGGAGAACGGAGCCACUGCGGCGCAUCUCUUUGUCAGCGAGGAUCUGCCCGUCGGUGGCAUCGUGGGGAUCCUCGGGGUAGUGGGUGACCCCAGCCUGCAAGGUGACAUCGAACUGAGCUUGCAGGAGCAUGACAGCCCCGUCGCGUUCUCGUCGUACUCAAAAAACUUGACUCUUAUCAGACCGCUCGAUAAGGAGGGCGUCGAGGGACCAGCGAGUGUCUACAUCAACAUUAUUUGCGAGAAGAAGCACACCUUAGAUCCAGGAUUUAUCAUACCAGUGAACAUUCGAGUAACCGACGCGAAUGACAAUUCACCGCAAUUUAUAAAUGCACCUUAUGUGUUGAAUAUUUCUGAGGUUACUGUUCUCGGUACGAGAGUCUUACAAGGAGUCCGAGCUGUCGAUGCUGAUCAACCAGGACCAUAUUCUACUGUGCAAUACGCAGUUUUACCAGGAACUUAUUCGGAUUAUUUUGUUUUCGUAAACGCUUUGGAAGGCACUCUCGUACUAAGGAAAUCGCUAGAUUACGAGAUUCUCACCAACUUUUCCGUUGGUAUCCGCGCUCAAGACCAAGGUAGUCCACCACGUUCGUCGACGACGACGUUAUACGUCAACGUUAUCGACGCCGACGAUCAAAAUCCAGCUUUCUUGAAUGAUCAAUACAAGGUCGCUGUACCCCGUCACGUUAAGGGGAGAAAAACAUUAAAAGUGACUCCUGCCGCGAUAAAAGCCGUAGAUCAAGAUGUUGGAAUAAAUGCGCCAGUACGAUAUACCAUUCAAGGUGGAAUUUUACCAUUUCUGGAUUUAAAUCCUGAGACUGCUGAAAUCGUCAUGAUACGAUCAUUACAGGAUCACGAGCUAAUGACGUCAGCGACUAUCGUCAUUAAGGCUACUCAAGUGAAUAAUCCGGAUAGAUAUGCUCUUGCCACAGUUAUCGUAUCGCGAGAAGAUGGCUAUGGGAUUGAACCAACAGCAGGUGGUCGAUUACCCGUGAAAUUCGUGCUAAAGGAUUAUCAAACGAGCGUACCUGAGGACACGCCGCCUGGGAGCGUCCUUCUAACGGCCGGGGUCAACAAAGCCGAUCCUGAUUUAAAAUUUUCGUUGAUUGGUGCGGCCGAGGAUCUGGAGAGAUUUUCAAUUACUAAUUCUGGGGAGUUGAUCCUCAAAGGUAAUUUGGAUUACGAACGACGGGUUCAGCAUAAUUUCCUGGUUCACGUCACAGACGGAUAUCAUAAUGAUACGUCACGGGCAAACAUUACCGUCGAAGACGUGAAUGAGUGGGAACCUCGAUUUCGAUAUACCCGCUACGAAUUUCACGCUCCUUCCGCAAGAGAAGGCUCUAUCGUUGGAAAAUUAGAAGCAGCUGACGGUGAUAGAGGCGACAAAAUCAGCUUAUCUCUCAGAGGACAAGAUGCUAGGUCUUUCGAGAUUAGAGACAACGGAGAAUUGGUGCUACGAUCGUCAAGUUCAUUUAACGGAUCUGUGGCUCGAUUUAUGGCAGUGGCUUCCGACACCGGAAAACCGUCCAAAUACAGUAUGAUCCCGGUGAUCGUACACGUACCAAAUAGCGGCUCAUUGCCGAUCGCUGCGAGAGCUGCACCUGCUUGGCUCGGUAAUAGUGUGCUAUUAGUUGCAAUCUUCGGUGCAGUUUUAGGUCUUCUUGGAGUCGUCAUACUCAUUCUCAUCCUUUAUAUUUAUAAGCAUAAAAGACCUAAAAGCGGUGGUUCAGUCAGCUCUGUAGGUACGGGAUAUCGCGAGAAAUCACCAGUUCCCUCGGCUCUGAGCCCGAUGCCGCAGGUGUUAGGUGCCAAUGUUCUUCAGGAUACUUUGGAGAGCCCACGAAAUCGAUCUCGCGAUAACGACAGCAACGAAAAUGAUAACGACAGCCGUAACGAUAUCGAUAAUCCCGUCUUCGGAGAAACGAAUGAAAACUCAUACGGCGCUACAAUUAAAAGUAUAGCAUCAGCGAGACAAUUACCAUUAUAUGCUAGACAUAAAGUAGCACCCGCCCCGAAUCCGCCAACUUUAUCAGCUACUUCGAAUAUUCCAAAUAUUGGCGGUUUAGUGCAGAAUAUGAACGAUUUGAGUGCUAGGACCAAUUUAGAUGCUGGAUCCCAUGCUUCCUCUAAUUAUUCAGGAGAUCCUCCAGACUCCUUGGUGCCAGCGUGGCCUGCCAGUUCAGGCUUGCCGAGAAUUAAAAAAUUGUCCUGGGACGAUGACGAUAGGACCGUGGACAGCGUCGAGGUCGCAGCGGAAACGCGAACCGGAGACGAUCAAGCUGGCAACGAGAGGCUCAACCUCACUGUGUAUUUUUAAUGAUCAAUUAUUAUGUAAAUGGGACGAUAUCGACGACGGAAGACUGUCGUAAGCGCUGUUUGACCAAUCUAGUUAAAUAAAAUUUCGUUAAUGUGAAUUUUUCAAUGGAAAUUCUCUGUGAAUGGACUUCGAUGCAUCGCAAUCCGAUGUGACCUUACACGUAUAUUCGGUCCACGGAACAUCUGUGUUAUCCUACGUUAUAUCCUGCGCGGCAUACAGUUAACUCGCAUCAUCCUGAACGGAUUACAUCCGUUAUCUGUUCGACGCGACAUCGAUCUUUGAUUGCGAAAAAAAAUAAUAAUUAAGAAUUGCUGCAAGUCAAACGGAGAAAUUGUGUAGAGAACACAAAAAAAUUUAAUGUUAUACAUUAAAAUGGGAAGGAGAAGAAAGUAAGCCAAAAAAUGACGGUGGAUCUGAUCGAGACAUUCUGUAAACAUUAUUAAUAUUUAGAAAAAGAUAAUAAAAUUUUCUUCUUUUGUAAUUAUAUUGUUAAUAUAAAAAAGAACACUAUUGAGAGUGUUAAAUAAUUUUAUUGCUUUGUGUUAAUAAAAAUGAGCUACAUUUGUAAUUUUUAUAUAUAAAAUAUUGUGUGUUUAUGGUUAUAUUACUAUCACAAAUUUCUAAACCGCGAAAUCUUAUUUUGUCGGGAUUAUUUGAAGAAAUAUUUAAAAUGGCAUGGUAUAAAUCCCACAAAGAUGACUCGUUAAUGUCUAAGAAAAUAAUUGCAACUUGCGUAAAUCGCUUAGUGAUUCGAGAAAGUAUGUGAUAGUUGAUCAUAUAAAUGCCGCUAUUAUUAAGUGGUCGAUGAAGUUAUUAUGUUUGCACUUUGUUGAAACCGCAGAUAUUCGAAUACAUCGAAGAAACUGGGUCAGUGGGUCGAUCUUAGCGAGUAUUUAUACAAGGAGUAAAUAAAUGAACAUUCACAUAAGACUUGAAAUUUAUGAAAACGCGAUUUUUAUCAAAGAUAAUAAAAAACAACGCCAAACAUAAUAUUACCAAAAAUGCAUAUUGUGACAAAACGUAAUAAAUCUAUU